AUGCAUCAAUUGUCAGGGUCAACUUGCUCAUAUAUUGAAACAAAUACAACAGAUGAAGAUAUUUAUGAUAUUAAUGAAGAGACAAUUGAUGCAUCCCUUUUCUUCGAACAGCGGACAGAAACUCUGCAAGAAGAAGAGAAUGAAGACGAAGAAAUAAUUGUUGAAGAGCUCGCAGUCUACCAUAAUUCAGUGAGAUUUCCUUUAAAACUUGAAAAAGAUUUACAGCGUGACGGCUUCCAAAGAGAGCCGCCGGCUUUUCAUUGUAUCGUCGCUGAAGUUCAGAGACAGAACGAGCUGUCGUUAGUAGGGUACGCCGUGUACUACCCCGUGUACUCACCCUGGCGAGGGAAGGCUCUGAUACUAGAAGACCUGUUCGUGAAGCCUCGUGAGAGAAAACGUGAAAUUGGUAGCUAUUUAUUCGAAGCUGUAGUGAAGGAGGCGCAUCUUGCAGGGUACAGUAGAGUAGACUUUCACGUGGCAGGGUGGAACAGUGCGAGGACAUUUUACGAAAGAAAAGGAGCUGAGAACUUGACGCAGAGUAUGGGCGUGUGUUACUACAGACUGACUGGGGCGCCGCUGACUGCUGCGGCCGCCGCGGCUGAACAAGAACAUGUUAUACUAUGA